AGUUGCCCUCACGCAAAGCACACCAAUGAAUUUCUUUGUAGUUCUGGUGAUCUGUCUUUCUAUUUUGAUUUUUCUUUUUCUAUGGAAUCAGAGGUAUGCCAAAGGGAAGCUGCCACCUGGGCCCACACCUCUCCCAAUUGUUGGAAAUAUUCUCCAGAUAAAUAUUAAGAAUGUCAGCAAAUCUUUAAGCAAGCUAGCAGAAGAUUAUGGUCCUGUGUUCACUCUGUAUUUUGGCAUGAAGCCCACUGUGGUGUUGCAUGGAUAUGAAGCAGUGAAGCAAGUCCUGAUUGAUCAGAGUGAGGAAUUUUCUGGCAGAGGUAGUUUACCAGUGGCAGACCACAUCAACCAGGGAUUAGGAAUUAUUUUCAGCAAUGGAGACAGAUGGAAGCAAACUCGGCGUUUCUCCCUCAUGGUUUUGAGGAAUAUGGGGAUGGGGAAGAAGACUAUUGAACACAGAAUUCAAGAGGAAGCCUUAUGUUUGGUGGAAGCAUUAAAAAAAACUAAUGGAUCUCCAUGUGAUCCUACUUUCCUUCUGAGCUAUGCUCCCUGCAAUGUGAUCUGCUCCAUUAUAUUCCGGAAUCGUUUUGAAUACAGUGAUGAAAAUUUUAUAACCUUGGCAAAGUAUAUUCAUGAAAAUGCAGCAAUUUUUAGCAUGCCCUGGAUUGAGCUCUACAAUGCUUUCCCCUCUUUACUACAUUAUCUCCCAGGGAGUCAUAACACAUUAUUUAAAAACAUGACUGAGCAAAGGAAGUUUAUUUUGGAGAAAAUAAAGGAACACCAAGAAUCCAUGGAUCUCAAUAACCCUCAAGACUUUAUUGAUUACUUCCUGAUUAAAAUGGAAAAGGAGAAACACAAUAAACAGUCUGAAUUUACCAUGGACAACUUGAUCACCACUCUAUGGGAUGUGUUUACUGCUGGAAUAGAGACAACAAGCAUCACUCUGAGAUAUGGACUGCUGCUCCUGCUGAAGCACCCAGAGAUCACAGCUAAAGUUCAGGAAGAAAUUAACCAUGUGGUUGGCAGAAACCGGAGUCCCUGCAUGCAGGACAGAAGCCGCAUGCCCUACACAGAUGCUGUGAUCCACGAGAUCCAGAGAUACAUUGACCUUGUCCCCAACAACCUACCCCAUGCAGCAGCUCAGGACAUUAAAUUCAGAGAAUAUCUCAUUCCCAAGGGCACAACGAUAUUAACAUCUCUGACUUCUGUCCUGCACGAUGGCAAGGAGUUUCCCAACCCAGAGCAGUUUGAUCCUGGUCACUUCCUGGAUAAAAGUGGUAACUUUAAGAAGAGUGACUACUUCAUGGCUUUUUCAGCAGGAAAAAGAGUUUGUGCUGGAGAAAGCUUGGCCCGCAUGGAGCUGUUUUUACUCCUUGUCAGCAUUUUGCAGCAUUUUACCUUGAAACCUCUGGUUGAUCCGAAGAACAUUGACACUACACCACUUCUGAAAGGGUCAGGCUCUAUACCACACUUCUACGAGGUCUGUUUCAUUCCAAUAUGAAGAAAGGGCUGCUGCCAGAUUGCAAUGAGCCUCUUCAGCUCUAUCUGCACAAGCUGAUGCUCUUUGCCCGUUCUGUUAGCUAUGGUCCACCUCUCCCUAAUGUCAGGAGUGACAUUCCUGAGCCCUGUCUCUUCUGAUUUUCUUUAAGAUUCAUUUCAAGUUUUGCUUCAUGAAAUAUAGCUCACUGUUUUGCCUUCAAUAAAAUGUUUUUUGUAAUUCUAUCCUGAGAUCUUAAGCUGUAUCUCAUCUACAGUGGAAAGGUACCCUACAAAUGUCAUAUUUUGAUUUUUUAAAAAAUUAGAGUAGAAAAUUACAAUGUGUUAAAAAUAUAUAUGUAUAAUGUACUCAUCUCUUACUGCUAUUAUCUCUUCAGGGGAGUAAUCUCUUGACAGUUUGGCAUGUAUAGUUUCUGGUUUUUUUCAAUGUUCAUUAAAAUGUAAUUAUAUGUGUGGUGUAUAUGUUUUUAUAUAUGCAUACAUACACACAGGAAGAAAGCAGAAGAAGAUUGCUCCAGCUAGAGGGAAUAACAUGAGAUAAAAAUUACAUUUGCUAGUUAUUUUCAAGGCUGUCCUUUCUCUUUUCCCCUAGUUAUUAAACACAGAUCCACACAUAGAUCCAAUUACAGAGAUACAGACAUAUUAAAAGAAAAAAGAAGAAAAAUAAUAUGUAUUUAUGGUUAUAUUUGAACACAGAUAGAAAUAUGCAUAUGUGUUUCUGUGGGUAUGUGUGUAUGUAUGUAUUCUUUAUAAUAUAUCUCUGAUUUCUGACUUCUUGGUGAUAUUAGAUAACAGCAACAGAUACUUUCACAAUCUAUAUAAAUAAAUGUAUUUCAUAAUACCAUAUUUCAUGCCUAUAAUAAUCUUAAAAAUUAUCUUAGUGUUCAAGGAUAUUUAGAUUAAUUUUGUACUUUUGUUAAUAUAGAAAUGCUCCUACCUGCAUAUAUCUUUUAUUAUUCCUGUACUAUCUCUUUGGGAUAGUUUGCUAGAAGUGAAGUGUCUGCACAUAAAUGUGCAUUUUUGUUUUUCAUCAAUACUGAAGAAUAAUGCCCUAAAAAGUAUGUAUCUCUUCACUUUUCUGUCAUGACUGUAAUAGAAAGACUAUUUGACCAAACCCUUUUAUAUGCUGAGAACUGAAUUUUUGGCAGAUUUAGUAACUUUAGUUACCUUUCAUGGAUUUUUCAAGUAGGAAAUUGUAUCAUCUACAAAUAAUAUAUAAUUGCAAUGACCAGAAACUUUUUGAUAUAACAUCUAUAUUUAUGUCUGUAUUUUCUUCCUCUGUCUGGCUCAUCACAGACACACACACAGACACACAGACACACACAAACACAUGCCUAUGGACAUAUAUAUUUGUCAGCAGGGAAGAGUGUUCAAAGUUGUGAGGAUUUUUGGUGACAAGAAAGCAGAGGGUUUGGGAAAUCCAUAUUAGGAAGCCUGUUAUUUGAUGUGCUUUUACCUUUGAAGUGAUUGUUGAUUUGAAAUCAGGAGCUGAGUGUCUGAAGGGCUGGCUAUAAAAUGUCGUGUAGGAGCUUUAGAAAAAAAAAAUUUUUUUUUUGAGGUUCUGACUACUUGGAGAAAAAAAAAAAUUGGUAUCUAGAGCUUGCCAAGUAAGAAGGAUCAAGUAAAUAUUCCAACUUCACCUGAAGUCUGAAGGUUAUGAAGAUCUGCAAACAACCUUAAGAAUUAACCUGAAAUUGAAGAGUAGUUAUAAAGCUAGAGUUCAUCUUUAAGUAAUUUUAAACAUUGGUUAAAUUAUAUUGAUUCACCCCUAAACAUUUUUUGCUUGCUGGAACAUACCUUCUGCUGGAGAAAACUAAUGUCACCCAGAGCCCUAGAUUAUCAGUGCAUUAUUUGAUGUACAAUGUUUAGCAUAAUCACUAACCUAUCUGGUGGAACAAGUGACCUUCUCAGUAAAUGUAAAAAGUUUGAUAAUGGUCAACAUUUUUUUUAUGAUAUACAUUCUCUGUAAAUUGAGAAAAAUUCUGAAAAAAAGAUGUCCAAAAUCCUAGAAACUAUUUUCAUUAAUGGUGAAAUAUUGAACCCUAUAAGUUUGAAAAAAGUAAGAGUAUCCACUUUUCAUUACUUCCGUUCAAAAUUAGACUGAAAGAUGUCAGCAAAUGUGGUAUGGAGUAAUGACUUCUAAUAAUUCUCUCUGAUAUAAAACAAUGAAAGCACAAGUAAAAAUUAUCAGGUAUGCUUUUUCAGAUCUUUGGCCAUUAGCCAAGACGUGCAUCAAUCUGCAGAGUGUUUCUUCAGGAAAAUGGAUAAACCUCAGUAAUAACAGUGAGAUUUGUUAUGUUUUGCCUUAUUCCCUUCUAUCUUCCCAGCUCUGAGGUAGCCUUGAAAAGCUACAGACUAUAAUCAUGGUGAAAAGCAUCAACAAUAUGUCACCCACAAAGUGGAGGCAGUGAGUGGAGCUGGAACUCCUUCAAAACCCUGUUCCCAGAGAAUCAUUAUUAUUUGACCUGCCCAUGGUCCCUGUGGAAGACUACGUUCAGGAUUGAUCUGACUCAGAACUUUCCCAGUAUGAAUAGCCUUUCCACAGACACAUUUGUUGAAAAUAAUCAGGGGCAAUUUUUGAAUAUUGUAGAUGCCCAAAGCUAUAGAAAUCAGUACACUAACCAAAAAGCUUAAAAGGAAAAGUUUAGGAAUGAGAUAUUCAUGGAAGUCUUUGAAAACCUGAUGAAUUCCUAAGACACUUCGUGUGUGUGCAUGCCAAGUCACUUCAGUUGUGUCUGACUCUGUACAAACCUAAGGACUAUAACCAGACAGGCUCCUCUGUCUAUGGAAUUCUCCAGGCAAGGAUACUGGACUGGAUUGCCAUGCCUUCCUCCAGGGAUCUUUCUAAUCUAGGGAUUGAACCUUCAUCUCUUGUGUCUUAGGCCUUGGCAGGCAGGUUCUUUACCACUAGCAACACCUGGGAAGCCCUCCUGAGACAUUAGAAAUCUACAAAUGCUCUGAAAAGACUGGAGUAGAUCCUAAACUCUCAUCUCUGGCAAAUCUGGAGGUUCUGUGCAAGAAGGAAGUGAAGGACACAGCAGAACUAUUAAGUGUCUGGAUGCAUGUUGAAGGCAUGCUCCAAUAUAUAUAUAUAAAGUGUCUUGCAAACAGUAGGUGAUGUUUUGAUUCCUAAAACUACUAAGGAAAUAUCUGUCCAAUUAUUAGAUGAGCACUAAGCUAAUUGAGUGGUCUUUAGUGGACAUAUAUGACAAAGAAUAGAAACUUUAUGUAAGUUCCAAGGAGCUGCUAAGCAAAAAUAAACAAAGCAAACUGUUAAGCAUGUCCUCCUUAGAUCUUGAGAAUGUUACAUUUGAGAGUGUAAUAGAAGUACACUGCUGAUGGCAAAAUAGAAUGGCUUUGAGAACUGGCUACAAGGUUAAUAAAGAAAUGAAUUGAAAAAAA